AUGAUAGUAUCUCAAUCACGCUUGCUCAGUCACUCUCGUAGGCCGCAUAGCGCUCAUUCGUGUUCGAUGAAAAUCAUCGUUGACGACCGCGACCCAGCUAUCAAAUAUGCACCAGCCUGGAAAACUCAAGGCAGCAAUGGGAACCCGCAUGGCCAACUACAAGAGUUUCAACAAACCACUUCGCAGUCCGGAGGAACGGGAUCUACUGCUUCAUUUACUUUUACUGGUACGCAAGUCAAUGUCUCCGGGACACUUGGCGGUGCGAACGAAGCUCAUCUGGAGUUUAUCCUUGACGGACAACGGACACCCAUAACAAUAUCCAGUGCACCAAAUCCCCGGUUUCACUACCCGGUCUUCACCUCAGCGCCGUUAGUCGACGGGCAACAUACCCUGGUCAUGACGGACAACAGCUCUGACCCUAGCCCUUUCUUUUUCGACUACCUGAUCUACACAACCAACAGCCGAAAUUCGGGGCAGACGGUGCUCAUCGAUGAUGCCGAUGACACUAAAGAGUUUGCGCUGGCAGUUCUUGGGCCCUGGCACCAGAACAACACCUUUGACUUCAUGCAGCAGACAUCUCAAUAUGUCGGGUCGCAGGACGCGGGAGGCGCGAUCCAACUCAGCUUGAUCCUCCAGGACGGCGACACACUCUCCCUUUUUGGCCCACUCACUUCUACCGACCCACAAUUUACUUCCGGUUUGCCACUCUUCGUUGAGGUUACAAUAAACGGGAACCCCAGCCCAUUCCUGUCGGAGGACGCCCCACUUUCUGGUCAAAUAACAUUCAAUCAACGGCUGUUUAAAUCAUCGUCCUUAUCCGCUGGCCGGUAUGCUGUUUCAUUCGAGUACAUCUCAGGCACGCCAUUUGGCUUUGAUUACAUGCUUAUCGAGCCGGGGCCAGGGUCAAGUCGUAGUUCCAGCACCAGCAGUCUAUCCCCUUCUUCUACAUUAUCCACGAACUUGACCGCGGCUUCAACUACCGCCACUAACAGUAAAGCAAGUUCUUCAAGUUCCUCUUUGGCAAGGCCAACGGCUCCCAAUCAUACCUCUCAUACCGGAGCAAUUGUGGGCGGUGUUGUCGGGGGCGUCUUAUUGCUCCUGAUAGUAUGUGUUUGGACCAUGAGAUGGGCAAGAAACUCCCGUUUGGGACCCGGAAAUCAGGGACGAGCUCCGAGUCAGGUCAUCCAGCCCGACGUCGAAACAGCCAUUGGGACAAUCACUCCAUUCCCGCUAUCUAAAAGCGCAGUCGCCGACUUGGAGCACCUCCGGACAAGAGCUGCCUCUCCAGAGCCCGUCACACUGGAGCCGGAAUCAGUCGAUGUGCGGGAGUUAUCGGUCGGCGAGCAUAUCCAGCCACACCCCUUCCAACGAACAGUCGCUCUGCCAACAACGGAGUUGGUGCGGAUUUUAAACGAGCGAUUGCGGAGUGAUGGGCUGUUUGACGAGGACGAGCAACCACCCAGUUAUCCACCGACGGAGGCUGGGAAUCGAGUCAGUCGAUAG